AUCAACACAAUUGCAACUUUCGCUACUCGGUACAUUCCUGACACAUCUCUCCAAUAAUGAGACCAUGAUAUUCUCGUCCACACCAAGAUGAACAAGUUCUCUGCGGACUAUUCGUCCAGCAUCAAUUCCACGCCUGGCAGAACUCCCGCGACUCGAGGCUCGAAUUUUCUCUCCUCCAACCCUCCUCAACUGGCGAGCACCACUCCCAUCGCUCCUCCUCCCUCUCAGAUCUUCGGCAGCUCUACCUUUGGCACUGGCGUCAGUAAACUCCAGCUCUCCAAGCCCACACAGUCUCCUCCUACUCGAUCGUCCCCAAACUCCAACAAUCUUCAGCGGCCGAAGAAUGGCGCUCAAGAAUAUGUGUCAAGAGGCAGACAGGCCGACUAUCACAAUGAGGAAGAAGAAGACGACCAAGACAUGGAUGAAGACGACUAUGAGGAUGAACCAAGCCAAUUCCAGCGGAGCCGUGGCUUUCGAUCCCUCGACAAACGGCAGCCCGCCUCCCUCAUGAAAUUCAGUACCAUGAGCACAAGAGACUCUAGGAUUUCUCAACCACGUAAAUCUUUCCGCAACUCAACGAGGCUUUCUGCGCUCCCGCACAAGGGAAACGAUACAGUGGUGCUCAAUCUCGCCAGAGACAUGGGAGCCAGGGCGCGACCAGCUUCUAUCACCGAGCCAGACGAAGUGAUCCUUGAGACCGAGCAGCUCCUCCGAGAGCUGGAUGAACAAUCUCAGUACCUCAAAGACAGCGCAAACAUGCUCGAGGCCGUCGCCGAAUAUGUUUACAGUCUGAUUAAGGAAUGGCAGCGGUUUGUCGAGCCGGAUCGACCUUCGCUUGAUAGUAACGACAUUGGUCCUCAGCCUACUGCUCCCGCUUUCGCUAAAGCCAACUAUCUCGCCUCUCUCCUCCUCGUCCUUCGCCAUCCCCCACCAUCUCCGGAUAACAUAAUCAUCCCAACGCCGCGGGUCCUUCUUGACUGGCUUGACAACUACCACGUCUCGUAUGACCAAAUGUACAGAGCAGUCGCCUCUGCGCGACCCAACUGUACUUCACACGAGCUCUUCUGGGACGCGGUUCAGAGUCUGACAUUGCGAGGCAAACUGCAGCAGGUGAUGCAACUUUUCGCAGAUGCGGACUUCAAGUAUGCAGCUUCAGCUGUCGACGACGGAGCAGAGAGCGUUGGUUAUAAAGGUGCCCAGCUCCAGACAGUACAGAGCGUCAUCUACCGAGCUCGGAUUCUACUCAAUUCCUGUCCAGCCAUUCAGUCAGGCGACUGGAAUGUUGCCGGUCCUGAUUGGGAUGUCUUUCGCACCGCUGUCGAGGCUGCACUGGACAAUUUGACUGAUGAGGUCACCGGUCAGGAUGAAGACGAGCCUUCCUUCGAGGCUGAGAAUUUUGGAUUGCGCAGGCCCGAAAUGAGUCUGCUUGGAAGGGUGGGCCAAAAGUCAACAUCAACUCUUCCUUGGACCAUUUUCCAGAACCUCAAAAUCCUCUAUAGCAUACUUCUGGGCAGUGCCGAAGAGAUUGCCGCCCAAUCACAAGACUGGCUCGAGGCUGCCACCUCUCUGACCAUAUGGUGGGAUGGCACCGCAGAUGCUGCUGCGGUUGCGCAGUGGAGUUUCGACGUGAGUCGGGCUAAUAACUUGACUAAACAAGACGAAGACUUCAAUCCUUACCUUGGACGGCUAAGAGAUGCGUUCCUCAGUGUUACGGAUCCCAAUGAUAAAAAUUCCUUCCAAAUCAAUGCAAUGUCCCCGGUCGAUGUAGGCCUCGGAUGCAUCUUGCAGGGAAGUACUCAAGGCACCUUGACUGUUCUCCGCACUCUGUCUCAGUGCAUUGCUUCAUCCGUGGCAGAAAUCGGAGCCAAAGCGGGCUGGCUGGAAGACGAGACACACGCUCGACCUACAGGAUUGAGCGAAGAAGAUCUGAUGGUCCUCAGCUAUGGCGCUCCCAAGCAAGGUAUCUCCAAAGACGAUUUGUUAUUAUCAUAUGCCGAGCGACUUUUCGACAAAGCCACCCUGCAUCUUCCUGACGGCUCCUCAGUGGAAGGCUGGGAAGUUUCCAUAUCUAUUGUUACGCGCCUUGACGAUCGCGAGGCGAUGCACACUGCCGUGAGCAAUUUCCUCGAGCAACUCCAAGUCACUACCCAAGAUCGAACGGAGAAACUCACGAACCUUUGCUCGGAUCUAGGAUUGCAGGAUGAAGCGAGAAAGGUCUCUGAUAGGUUCGGAGACUACCUCGUGAAUAACACAGAGGAGUAUGGUACUGCCUUGCUAUGCUAUGCGAGAAGUCACGCAAGCCACAAAAUAAGGCAAUUGAUAGAUGUGUUGGUCAGCUAUUCGCUGGUGCAGUCAAGGGCAUAUCCUCCUGGGAAUGAAAUAGAUGAUGGACUACGGAGUCUAGUGGGAAAUCCCAAGACUGCGCUCGUCGACAUUGCCGAUGUCGAUCCUGAGGCUGCUGAGAUGCUGCAGUUCUACCUCGUCGGGUACGCUUGUUUACGAAGGUUUUAUACCUUACGCGACGAAGAAUCUGGCGAUGGAAGAGCGACUACUUCUCGGCCUCUCGCGCGCAGGAGGGCAGCUGCGAGAGCGCUCGUGGCGGCGAUCAAUUCCGCUGCGGAUUCUAUUUAUGGCGGCUUAUACGAUCCCCAGAGACAAAGUGCUAUCCAAGUCGACGGGCUGUUGACGCUUUUGGGUGAGGCUACCGCACUUCUCACGAAAAGCUAUGGCGUUAGCGUGUCCGCCCACCAGGCAGGGACGAGAAAUGGCGGGGAAAAGAAGAGAAUAUUUACGACUGAACAAAUCUAUGCUUUACUAGGGGCAAUCGAGGAUCUCUCUACCGUAUCCGAGCGGGUGUAUGGCGCGACAGAGGAGUGCCUUUCCGCUUCACUCCGAGAGUACCACGGGUCAAGGCCGCCAAGUCCGAGGGCGGUGCUGAAAAAGUCCAUGAGCAGCGGAAGUGGGAGUGGUUUCUCUUACUCAAUUAUGGGGAGCGAGAUGCUGGGCAGGAGCAUGAUUACCGACAUGACGAGUGCGAGUGGUAGUGGAGUUUUAGUGGGCGGGACAAAAGGGCAGAAGGCGAGACCUAGGGAGACGGACGCACAAACGGAGAGGGGAUGGGAUUGGAGAGACCAGUUUUCAGGUGAAGAUGUGCGUGGACAGGAUAUUGUCAGGGUGCUGCGGAUGGGGUUGGCGGAGGAGUUGAGCCUGGCCGAGCUGGACGAAGGCGUUGCGCUUUGAAGGGCCUGUUGCUGUGCAUAUGCAAUCUGCUCAUGUUGUCUUCAUUCAGGGCAGCGAGACUCCCGUGGUGCCGUCUGCCCCUUGGGAAACUGUACGAGUAUGGGACGGGGACGAAAGAGAGAGAGAGAGAGAUAGAGGGAGGGAGAGCGCCAUCUUGUGCCAUGGCACGUUGAGGCAUCCUCUCGCACAUCCUGAUCUCAGGGCAAGAUGCCAUGUGCAGGAGUUUGCAUCCUGAUCCAAUGUACGAGUGAAAAUGAGACCAGGCUUUCUUCGACUUGAUCAACCGUCACUGUACAAACUGACAUACCUUGGCCAAUUCACCGAAGUAGAAUGCGCCUCCCACGGCGUUCCGUGUGCG